GCCAUUUAUGAUUUUUAAUUGUUCUUGUUGAUACCUUUUGUAUUUUUGGUUCUUUGGUUUCUUCUUCAGACCAUGUUCCCUUCACCCCUCCUUCUUGUUGUGCUCGCUGGCGCCGCAACUGCAUUCACACCGGCUGGAUUCGAGCCUGCCUCUUCAAAUAACUUGACGGUUGUGUUCGGGAACACAUUAGCUACCAAUGGCAAGAAUAUCCUCAAAGCCGAAACGGCGCAACCUCCCAUUAUCGGCACUUCCCAGAAGCUUUUUGGCAGUUACACGAUCAUGAUGGUAGACCCGGACAUCCCUCCUCAAACAGCUGGUGGGCCAACUGGUGAACUUCUCCACUGGAUGCAGUCAGGUCUCGUUUCCGCGAACAACGCCACAUUCAUCGGUGGAGUUCGAAUGUUCGAGUUAAUCAAUCCCACCAACACCUCUGCAUUGGCAACCUAUAUCCAACCCUCUCCACCAAACAAGUCUCCUAAUACUCACCGGUACACUCAAAUGCUGCUCAACACCACCGGAAACAGCAGCGCUCUCUCCACACUAUCUACAUUCGCCAAAACAAGAAGCGACUUCAGCGCAGUGAACGUUGUGAAAAGUUCGGGGUUGAAUGUUUUGUUCGGGAACAGUUUUGAUGUUACGAAUACGACAUUGAUACAGUCAAAUAUCACCAAGACAACCGCUAGUGUAGCAGGAGCAGGAAGCACGGGGACCGGGACAGCUAGUGCAGCGGCGACAGGGACGGGCACCACACCGAAGAGUGCAGGCCGUGUGACAACUGUGAGCGAUGGCAGAGGAGCCUAUAUUGCAGGAUUGGGAGCGCUUGCUGCUGCGGUUAUGCUGUUGUAGGUAUAUUUGAGCUAUGCAAUAUUUCGAGACAUAUCCAGGUGCUCUAUUUUUAUCGUUCUUGAACAAAACCAACCCAGCCUUCGCACGAUGAAAGAGGGUUUUAAGCAGAAUGAGAAAACAAUAUGCACAUGGUAUUACGAGUGGGUCCUCGUGCGAUCAUGAGAAAGCGAGUAAAAUGUCAAAGGAUUAAGUACUGUACAACAUUGUUAGAUAAUUACUGUAUCCACA